CUAUAUAAUAAUAAAUAAAAAAACUAAUAAAUAUAUAUGUAUAUAUAAUUUUUUAUUUUAUGAUAUAUAUUUUUAUUUUCUCUCACGAACUCUUUUUUUUUCCGUCUUACCGCCUCCGUCUCUUCAAACCCUAGGGUUUUUACUCUCUCACUCUCUCGAUUCAGAAAUCUUCUGUUGGUUUGGAGUCUCUAGCUUGUUGAAAUGGAGGUCGGAGGCAAGAGGAGAGGUCGUCCGGACGGCGCCGCUUUCGGCAACGGAGGCUUCAAGAAAUCCAAGCAAGAAACGGAGUCCUUUUCAACUGGUAUAGGAAGCAAAUCGAAGCCAUGCACCAAGUUUUUCAGCACUUCUGGAUGCCCGUUUGGUGAGGGAUGUCACUUCCUGCAUUACGUUCCUGGUGGCUAUAGUGCAGUGACACAGAUGACAAACCUGGGUGGAAAUCCUGCUAUGCCUCCCAUUGCGAGAAAUCCCAUGGCCCCACCAACAAUUCCUGAUGGCCCUCCUACUGUCAAAACUCGGAUCUGCAACAAAUUCAACACUCCAGAGGGAUGUAAGUUUGGUGACAAAUGCCAUUUUGCUCAUGGUGAAUUGGAGCUUGGCAGGCCAAUUGUCCCAACCCAUGAAGAUCCCAGAGCAAUGGGACCAAUGGGUGGCAGGUUAGCUGGACGGCUUGAGGCACCGCCACCAGGCCUGGCUGCUGCAGCCAGCUUUGGUGCAUCAGCUACUGCCAAGAUCAGUGUGGAUGCAUCUCUUGCAGGAGCCAUCAUUGGAAAAGGUGGGGUAAACUCAAAGCAGAUUUGUCGCCUCACUGGUGUCAAGCUUUCCAUAAAGGAGCAUGAAUCAGACCCAAAUCAACGAAACAUUGAACUCGAAGGAACCUUUGAUCAGAUCAAACAGGCUAGUGCAAUGGUACGGGAACUCAUCUUCAACAUUGGCUCUGCCGCAGGUCACGCUAAAAAUCCUACAGGUUCAGCCGCUUCAGCAAACAAUUUCAAGACAAAGAUGUGUGACAACUUUGCCAAGGGUUCAUGCACCUUUGGAGACAGAUGCCAUUUCGCUCAUGGAGCUAAUGAGUUGCGGAAGCCAGUGGCUUAGGUAUUUGCAUUUCCUUUAAACUAUUUCAUCACCUUCAAGAAAGAGAUGAGGUAUUUCUCAACAAUAUGGUAUGAUAGUUUGGUUUCUGUUCUAUCGGCCCCUCUUUCCUCCAGUGAGAUAUUGUGACAUAACAUGCUUGCUAAAUUAAUCAUUCAUUUGCUAAA